CUUCCGGUUCCGGUGAGUCAGUGCGUGACUUGAGUGUUUGACUGGAGAGCCCUGCGAGCGAUUCAGGGCUGGACGAGACCGGGCCAUGGCGGACGGGGGCGCGGAGCGGGCCGAUGGCCGCAUCGUGAAAAUGGAGGUGGAUUACAGCGCCACGGUAGACCAGCGCCUGCCCGAGUGCGAGCAGAUGGCCCGGGAUGGAAGGCUUCAGGAAGCAAUCGAAACAUUGCUGUCACUGGAAAAACAGACUCGAACCGCUUCUGAUAUGGUUUCCACAUCUCGCAUUUUGGUUGCUGUAGUAAAAAUGUGUUAUGAUGCUAAAGACUGGAAUGCUCUUAAUGAAAACAUCUUCCUUCUUUCGAAAAGGAGGAGUCAGUUAAAACAGGCAGUUGCUAAAAUGGUCCAACAGUGCUGUACAUACGUUGAAGAGAUUACAGAUUUGCCAACAAAAUUGCAGUUGAUUGACACAUUACGUACAGUGACGGAAGGAAAGAUAUACGUUGAAAUUGAGAGGGCUCGGCUGACAAAUACACUGGCAAAAAUAAAAGAACAAAAUGGUGAUGUAAAAGAAGCAGCCUCAAUUUUGCAGGAACUUCAGGUGGAGACCUAUGGAUCGAUGGAAAAGAAGGAACGUGUGGAGUUCAUCUUGGAACAGAUGAGGCUUUGUCUGGCUGUAAAGGACUACAUUCGAACUCAAAUUAUAAGCAAAAAAAUUAACACCAAAUUUUUCCAGGAAGAAAACACUGAAAAACUAAAAUUGAAAUACUACAAUUUAAUGAUUCAGUUGGAUCAGCAUGAAGGUUCUUAUCUUUCCAUUUGUAAACACUACAGAGCUAUUUAUGAUACACCCUGCAUCCAGGCUGAAGGUGAAAAAUGGCAACAGGCGCUGAAGAGUGUUGUCUUGUAUGUCAUCCUAUCCCCUUAUGAUAAUGAACAGUCUGAUUUGGUGCACAGAAUAAGCAGUGAUAAAAAACUAGAAGACAUCCCCAAAUAUAAAGAUCUUUUAAAAUUGUUUACUACUAUGGAAUUGAUGCGCUGGACUACCCUUGUGGAGGAUUAUGGGAAAGAAUUGAGGGAAGGAUCCCUCGAAAGUCCUGCAACAGAUGUGUUUGGCUACACAGAGGAAGGUGAAAAAAGAUGGAAAGAUUUAAAAAACAGAGUAGUGGAACAUAAUAUUAGAAUAAUGGCAAAAUAUUAUACCAGAAUUACUAUGAAGAGAAUGGCACAACUUUUGGAUUUAUCAGUUGACGAAUCUGAAGAAUUUUUGUCCAACUUAGUGGUGAAUAAGACCAUCUUUGCAAAAGUUGAUAGGCUGGCAGGAAUUAUCAACUUUCAGAGACCCAAGGACCCAAAUAACUUACUCAAUGACUGGUCUCACAAGCUCAAUUCACUGAUGGCUCUAGUUAACAAAACUACACACCUCAUUGCCAAAGAGGAGAUGAUACAUAACUUGCAAUAAGGUGCCUCAGUAGCCUUAAUGCUUUAGAGAGGCAUUGAAUUGGCCAUAGAGACUUUAUCCCACUGUAUAUUUUUUCAUCUCUCCCUUCCAGAUGAAACUUAGAACAUAAUCACUCUUGAAGAAUUGUUGACAAUUAAGUUCCUUUGAUUAUUGAUUUGGUUUAUAAGAAUUUUUUUGCUGCAAUUGAUGGGGAAAAAUAAAAUUGUACUGCUUGUGUAAUGGAAAUGGCCUUUGAUUUAUCCCAAUUCAUCCUG